AUCAAACAUUGCAUUUACUUCCUUCCAACUCCCCCAUUUCAUAAAGAUUGAAUCUUUAGGUUACAAUUCGUGGAAAAUAUGAGUUGGGUUUUCCUUCAAAUGAAAGACGGAAGCUUUCUCUCGCCGUCGCAACAAGCAUCUUUAUCUUUCCGGCAACCACCUCCUCCUCCGUUAACUCAAAUGUCGAAUCUUCAUUCAAACGGAUUCAAUUUAGACCAGAAGGUAAGCCCGAGUAUAUUACUCAUCAUCGUGAUUCUCGCAAUCAUUUUCUUUGUUUCCGGAUUACUUCAUCUCUUAGUUAGAUUCCUUUUAAGACCUCAAAAUAGAGACCCAGAUGAUUUUGAUAACGUAACCGCCCUUCAAGGUCAGUUACAGCAACUCUUUAAUCUUCAUGAUGCCGGAGUUGAUCAAUCGUUUAUAGACACUCUCCCUGUUUUCAAUUACAAAUCGAUUAUAGGUGUUAAAGACCCAUUUGAUUGCGCUGUUUGUCUUUGUGAAUUUGAGGCUGAUGAUAAUCUCAGAUUGUUACCUAAAUGUAGCCAUGCUUUUCACAUGGAGUGUAUUGAUACAUGGUUACUGUCUCAUUCAACUUGUCCUCUUUGUCGGGCUAGUUUGAUUUCUGAUUUCUCACCAAACGCUAGCCGGUCUCCGAUCGUUCUUGUGCUUGAAUCCGGCAGUGGGGAGAGUUCUAGAGAGAUUCUUGACCCAGAUAGGGAGAAUUGUCAAAUGGGUAUUAACAAUUCCAUUGAGGAUGAUUCGAUUCAACCGAUUCCUGUUGGAACAGGGGAAAAAGUGGUGGCGGUUAAGCUCGGAAAGUUUAAGAAUGUUGACGGUGCUUCUGCUGCCGGAGAAGAUGAACAAGAAGGUAGUAGUGUUGUUAAUAGCAGUACUGUUGAUUCUAGAAGAUGUUUCUCUAUGGGUUCAUUUGCUUAUAUAUUAGAUGAAACUUCAUCUCUUCGUGUACCCAUUAGAACUCCGAUUAAGAAACUAUCAAGCAAGAAACCAUCUUUACCGCUGGGCGGCGGCGGCGGCGGUCAGAGAUUGGCUAUGUCGGAAUGCGAUUGCGAAUCAAGAAGAGAUUUCAAUGGAUUCGAAAGUUCUAUAGGUAAGAAUUCAAGAGAAGGAGAAAGAGAAAGAGAUAGCUUCUCUUUUUCUAAGAUUUGGCAAAGGACGACGAAGGAGUUUGAUAGAUCGGCCGGACGGGCGUUUUCGUUCAGGAAUUCGGUUGCCGGAGAUGAUGAUUUUAAACGCAAGAGCGUUGGCGGUGGGAGUAGCGUUUUGGGUUGCGACGAGGAAAACCAGAACCGGUCUAGUUUUGCUUCUCAACCGAGCCAACCGUCUUUUGCUAGAAGGACUUUACUUUGGCUAGUCGGUGAACAGAACAAGGUUGUUCAUUCAUCUUCUUCCCCAAAUGUUUAGUUUUAAUUUUAAUUAUAUGUUUUUAAUUUUCUAUUUAUGAUUUUUAUACAUAUUUCUUCAUUAUCAAAUCAAACAAAAUGUUACAAAUAUUUUUAGUUUGUGUUGUACCUCUUACUUUCCUAUACUCAAUUUAAUUUAACCAUUUUAUAAGAUUAAAAUUUCAAUUUCUUA